AUGGGUGCAUCCCAAUCCCAGCCGGCGCGCGACCGAACAGGCGACGAUCCUCCGCAUUCCCAUCACGCGACCGGCGCGUCAUCUUCGCUGCCCACUGCGCGUGGUCCCAACGGCAACGGCGGUCUCCAGCUCGGCCGUCGUAUCUCGUCCUUUCUGCGCAACGGCCCCGACGAGAGCGCCAAGCGCGAACGCUCCAACUCGGUCCACCCGUCGCCAGGCAGGCCGCUGAGUAAACGUCGUCGCGUCGAGCCCGAGGACGACCUGCCCACUGUCGCCGACGACGAUGUCUCCACCCUCACGCAGUUGGGUACGCCUGGCGCCGGCUCGAGCAGGCUCGGCUUGACUGGCGGCGUGUUUGGGACGGGCCUGGCGCCGCCUGGGUUUGCUUCUUCACACGCCAGUUCAAGCUCGGCGUCGGCGUCGGCGUCCGGGUCCGGGUCCGGGUCGACGUCGGCAGGCCGUUAUCGCCCGCCACCGCCAAUGUCCCUCUCGUCAUCUUCGGCAGCGACGGCGACAGACGCCGAGGCAGCUACACCCAGCCCGACGGAUGAGAUCCUCGCCGACCGGUUCCGCUCCAUCUCGACCAUUCGCGAUGCGCUCGGGCCAGACUGGACACCCGCAGCGGCGAGUGGGACGAGUUCCAUGCCGGCCCCCGUGGACCGGUUACUGGCGCGUUUCCGUCGCCGUGGCACCUCGGCCGCUGUUGCGCCAGGCAGUGAGCGGGACGCUGUGCGCGAUACCGCUCGCACCGGACCCACGGGCAGCGCGCGAACUACACUACGUGGUGACCGCUCGUCGCGGUCGGUGGCCGGGUCGGACCGCGACGCGCUCUUUGCACCCCCUACGCCUCCUCUUUCGUCUGGAACGUCGGCAACGUCCACCACUGCGUCGUCUGCCCCGCGAUCCAUGUCCCACCGCCUCAGCGCCAUCAUGGGGUUCGCAGCCCCCGGAGGCGCGCAUGAAGAGUGGGCCGAUGCAGAGGGUGGUGGUGGCGACGCGCAGCCCCAGUCACAACCUCACGCACAUCCCUCUGCUGCUGCUACUGCUGCUGCUGCUGCUGCUGCUCCUGCCCAGGCGCCGGGACAGCCCACGGACGACAGCGGAAGGAUACCCGUCGGCGCAGUGCUCGUCAUCCAGGGCCUGGCGCAGACGCACGCCAACCUCGACGAGGAGGAAGGCGGUGGCCUCCCGGGCUCUGCGGGCCGCAGGCGCGCAAGUGAAGGAGCCAGCACUCGUCCUCGUAUCGAUGUGCCCAACCUCGACCAGCAAGCCCGUAUGAUUGGAAACCUCUUGACAGUCGCUGCUGCGGCAACCGCGACGACCCUUCUCUCCCCCGAGAGCCUCGCGGCAACGCCUAGCCGGAGCACGGCGCAGAGCGCCAUGCAGACGAUUAUCGACCGUCUCCGUCCCUCGCGCCAACGUCCGAGCCAGAGCGUCGAGUCGACCCUGGGCGACUACCUUCGCACUGUCCUGCGCGACAACCGCCGCUUCGCCGAAGCCGUUGCUGGCGACGCAACGUCUGCCAACGUGCCCGCCGAGUUCCAGGACUUCCUCCACAACCUCCAGGAGGACCUUAUCCAGGCUGUGCGCGCUUACGCCGCGCCGGACGAGGAUGAAGGCGAGGAGCAUGUCCAGGACGAAGAUGAAGCCAUGGACAUUUCGCCCGAUGCCUCGCCAGCGCCGACCGCAGCCGCCGAGCCUCCUAUCCCUACUUUCCACACCCAGCGCCAACAGAACCUGCCUGGGGCCACACAGAGUGCCCUCGGCGUGUCGGGAGGCUCGGAUGGCCAGCCCCGCCGCCUCAACUUCUUCCGCGCGCACCUCUUCCCCCCCGUGCGCGCCGACGGUACCGCACUCGAGGCCGACGAGGACCCCAAUGCGGUCGUUCCCUCCAUCUUUGUCGGUGUCCGCUCCGUCGCUCAUGACCCUGGCAUGACCACCGAGGACCUCGUCGGCCACCCGGGCUUCCCCUUCCUGGAUGGACAGGUGCCCGAGCAGGAGGACGGCAGCAGCGCCGCCGCCACCAACAGCAGUACCGUUGUUUCCGACGAUGAGCACCUCUUCGACCGUGACCUCGAGCGCGAGCUGCGCGAAGCGCAACAGCAUGGCAGCUUCGGCACCGGAAGCGCAAGCAGCGCAGCCAGCACGGCCUCGGCGCCUACAACACCCCGUCGCACACUCCGUGACCGCGUGCUGGAGCGUCUUGCCCUGCGUCGCGAGCAGCGCGUCCCCACCCCGCUCAACACGUACCUCAUCUACGUCAUUGGCGGCAACUAUCCCCGCUCACACCCCGUUCUCGCCAUCCCGGCCUUGGUCUCUGGCGGGCCGCUCUCGGCAGAUGACUUGCAGCUCGUCUCCGAGCUCCUGGGUCCCGCAAAGCCGCCAACUGUCACGGCCGACGAGAUUGAGCGCAGCGGCCUCACCGUCGUCCAUGGCGCCGCGAUGGGCGCGCUCGUGAGCACUGGCGACGUCCUCGAGGCCAGCCUCGACCGCUGCAUGGUCUGUCUUGGUGACUAUGAGCCCGACGAGGACUGCCGCGUGCUCAAGUGUCGCCACGCGUUUCACAAGGAGACAGAGGCGGUUGACAAGACCAACCUCUCUGCCGUCGACGCCAACGCCAACGUCCACGCGCACGCCCACACCAACGCCGACGACGACGUGACCAUGGCUACUGAUCCGCCCCCUGGAACGGCCCUCUAA